CUUUGUUCUUAUAGUUAAAAAUAUUUUUGGAUAAUAAAAUAACCGAUUUAACCGGAAAAUGACAAAUGCCAAUGAUCAAUCUUGAGUAUGAAUAUAUCAAAUGUACUCACUUCUUUACACGAAGUGCCUUUACAUAAAUUUCUUUUAGCAUAUGCUUGUCCGUGGCCGCAGCAUGUUCUUGGAUAUUGGGAGAAGAAAGAUGAACCUCAAGUUUUAUUUCUCCGAUUUGAAGAUGUUGUCAAAGAUAUGCCUGCAGCAAUCAGACGUAUUGCCACAUUUCUAGGACGUACAUUAACAGAUAAAGAUGUUGCCGACAUUGCCGAGCAUUGCAGUAUUGAGAAGAUGAGGAAUAAUGAAGAAGUUAAUUACUCAUACUGGCAAGAUAUAGGAUAUGUCGACUUUAAACCAGGGGAAAACCAUUUUAUAAAUAAAGGUCAACCUGGAACAUGGCAUGAGGAAUUAACGCAAGAACAGAACGCCAAAAUGGACAAGCUAAUUAAAAAAGUUGAGGAUGCUGGUGUGACUGUUGUACAUACUUGAACUAUUAGAUAUAUAACUUUAAUAAAAAUUCAUAGAAUAUUUGUACAUGAUUAAUGAACACAAUUUUAAUAUCAAUUAAGCAUAAAUACAUGUACAAUGUACAUACAAAAAAAGGUUGGAGCAUUUGUGAUUACUUUUAUAUCAAUUUACAAGUAUGCAUGUUUUUACUUGAUCCACUUGUUUGACAUAGGAUAUGCGUUAAUAUCAAUUAAAACCCUAUUUAUUGAAAUGUGCAGAAGAGUCUUAGUAAGUAAAAAAGUGUUUAAAUACUACUUUGAUAAUCAUGAGCUGAAGAGUCUACACAUUAUACAAAACAUACCAGAAAAGUUUAUC